AUGAAGCUCGUAGCCUUGACCCUAAAAAAAAACAUCAUGUCAAUGCGAGACAUUAAAGUCUGCCUUCUUGGGGAGUCUGGUGUUGGCAAGUCCAGCAUUGUUAUGAGAUUUGUCACGAAUACGUUCAAAAGUGCACUGGAAAGCACAAUAGGGGCAUCAUUUAUGACCAAAACUAUUGUUGUCGAUGGCGACACAUUCAAGUUUCAGAUAUGGGACACCGCUGGCCAGGAAAAGUAUCGUGCUUUAGCUCCGAUGUAUUACAGAGGGUCCGCAGCUGCUAUAAUUGUCUAUGAUGUUACCAGAGAGAGUUCAUUUCAUGCUGUGAAGGGUUGGGUGCAUGAGCUGCAGAGACAUGGACCUUCCAAAAUUGUCCUUGCCAUUGCUGGAAAUAAGUGUGACCUUGAAGACCUGAGAGAAGUCCAAGAAAGAGAUGCUCAAGAGUAUGCACGGGAAAUUGGAGCAAUUUUUUGUGAAACCAGCGCCAUGACAGCAACAAACGUUCCAGAAUUAUUUGACAAAAUCGCCAGAAUGCUGCCUCCUGAGGACAGUGGCAGCAUCAGCAGUCAGACAGGCAGUAAUUCAGUCAGCUUACGAAACAGCGCUAACAAAAAAGGUCGAUGCUGCAGCGGUAGUAGUACAGAAGAUGAAUCCUUAUCUGAGCAAGCCUUUCGCCGCAGCGGAGCAGUUCCACGUGUGGCAGGCUAUAGAUCUGGAACAUUUCCAUCUUCAUGA